AUGGGCUGUGAGGAUGCUCGGUCAGUGGUCACGGAUCUGACCAUAAGCUUCUGGUCUCCGACCGAUAAUCCUUCCACCUGCGCGUUAGACCAACAGAGAUGGCACCGCAUAGAGAAGGAACUCUUCCUGCACACAGCUCAACAGAGCGCGUGGCUGCAUAUAGCGCAGGCAAAAGAGAAAGAGCUUACUACUGACAACUUUGUGGUUACGGAUAUCCGGGUUGGCAAGCUGCAUCCCAGCAUCGGCUCAGAUAACUCAUGGAAGAGUCGACCUGGAGGCAUCUGGGUGUUAAGAAGUAAAUACACUGGCGAAUGUCACCAGACUGUGACGGGUGUGGACGUUCUUUUUGGUGUGGAUGCUGUUGACCCACGACCGCAAUGGGCUCUCAUACGACCGCCGCUCCAGCUGAACGCUCCUUCGGAGGUGCCAGUAGCAAGUUUAAGCGUACGACACGGCAGGGCCAAGCUGAGACCAGAUAGCCCUCUGACGGCUUUAAGGGCCAGGGAGGACGGCAAAUUCAAGAUUGUCCAGAUCUCCGACACUCACAUGGUGACUGGUGUCGGGGUGUGCAAAGAUGCUAUUGAUGCCCAUGGGCAACCCCUGCCUGAAAGUGAGGCUGACCCACUCACCAUCGACUUUCUUGGAGGAAUCUUGGAUGUUGAGAAGCCAGACCUUGUGAUUCUCACUGGAGAUCAACUGCACCACGACAUUCUUGACAGCCAAUCUGCCCUGUUCAAGGUGGUUGCUCCUUUGAUCGAGCGUUCAAUCCCAUAUGCAGCCGUCUUUGGCAAUCAUGACAGCGAGGGUGCUUACACAUUAUCACGCACGGCACAGAUGUCAAUACUUCAGGAUCUACCUUUUAGCUUCUGCCAGUCAGGUCCAGAGCAGGUCGACGGCGUAGGCAACUACUACCUUCAGGUCUUCGCUCAUGCGUCGUCACAGGUUCCAUUAUCAACUUUAUAUUUCGUGGACUCCCACGAGCAAAUACCGAGUAAGAUACAAAAUCCAGACUACGGCUGGAUUACGCAAAGCCAAAUCGAUUGGUUCACAUGCACUUCCCAAGCCCUGCGAAAGGCGCGUGAGAAGGAUGACAACCACCACAACCGCUUCCAUCUGUCUCUGGCUUUCAUGCAUAUCCCUCUUCCCGAGUACGGAGACAGCGAUCUUAUAGUAAGGGGCGGCCACCGGAGAGAACCGACCAAGGGUCCAAGCUUCAAUUUGCACUUUUACAAUGCUUUGGCCGAAGAAGGUAUAGCAGCAGUAGGCUGCGGGCACGAUCACGUGAAUGACUUUUGCGGUCUGCGGCCACAACAGACGCAUAAAGAGUUGAAGCAAGAUGGCAACAAACCCCCUCAGCUCGGUCCCUGGCUGUGCUACGGAGGUGGCAGUGGAUUCGGAGGGUAUGGUUCGUACGGCGAGAAGCGAUAUCACCGGCGAAUGCGGGUUUGGGAAAUCGAUACGAGCAUCGGGGCCAUAAAGACUUGGAAGCGGGUCGAAUAUUCCAAGGAGAGAAUUGAUGAGCUGGUACUCGUCGAGAACGGCGCGGUGGUCACCUCCCCUUACGAUACAGAUGGAUGCACAAGUGACAUAGCUGCUCAGGCCGUGUUGUGA